UCCACGGGUCAAGCGAAGGUGUCACAGGUCGUGGGUCGGUGUGGAGCCCUAGGCAAACCUGGGUACCGCCUCACAGACCCCGAGGGCCCUCUAGGAGUCAACUCCCGGCAGAUCUUCCCUCACAGUUUCCCUGAAGACUUCUCUAUCCUCGCUGUCGUCCGUCUCGCACCAAACACGUCUCAGUCAACACUCUUUAGUCUUUACAGUGACUCAGGCACAGAUCAGCUUAUUCUAGGAACAGAUGAUGACUCUGUCACUCUUCACUACAGAGACAACAACAUGGAGGAAGGAGUGAACAUUGUCUUCCAGGCAGACAUCAACGAUAACAGUUGGCAUCGCCUGGGACUUGGUGUCAAAGGUGAUUCUGUUUCCAUGGUGAUGGACUGCAACACAACCCUGAGUCAACCACUUCCUCGAGGUUCCGGCGGGGCUCUGAACAUCGACGGAGUUCUCUUCUACGGCCAACAAUUGCUCGAUGAAGGAUUUUUUAAGGGAGACGUAGAGACACUGAAGAUAGGACAGACGCCAGACGCAGCGUACACACUCUGCGACAGAUAUGCUAGAGACUGUGAUUACCUCGACUCUGACGACACGGAAGAAGAGGAAGAAGAAGAGGAAAAUGAGGAUUACAAAGACAACUCGGAAACAACGCCUUCGCCUUAUCCUAACAGUACGGCUCCAGGAAGCUAUGACAUUGCAGUAGGAACAUUUCAAGGAGGGUCCGGAACAGGAUCCUACUUUCCUGUGGGAUCCCCAGGACCUAGAGGAUACACGGGGCCUCCCGGACCUCCAGGACUUCCUGGAGCCAAGGGGGAUCCUGGGAGAGACGGGCUGCCCGGAACAAAUGGAAUACCUGGACCACCUGGCAAUGUGUUUAUGAUUCCUAUGAGUGUACAAGGCAAUGAGAAAGGCCCAGAAUCCCUCUCGGACAUGGUUCGCUCUAUGUUCUCACAGCAUUUGAUGGCGCUAAGGGGUAGUGAGGGCCCCAUGGGUCUUACAGGGGUGCCUGGAGGGGACGGGCCACCAGGGCCUGAGGGGCCUAAAGGGGAACCAGGGGACAGUGGCGAACCUGGCCAGAGAGGAGAUAGGGGAGUAGCAGGUCCCCCAGGUAGAGAAGGACGGCGGGGGAGACCAGGAAGAGACGGAGAGAGAGGUCAAACAGGACCUCCAGGAGUCAAGGGAGAGCAAGGACCACUGGGACAACCCGGACUCCCAGGAGAGAAAGGGGAGAGGGGCCAUACCGGAGCAGCCGGAGCCCAGGGACUUCCUGGACACGACGGGAUGCAAGGUGAAGAGGGACCACAGGGUCUGCCUGGACUACCUGGAGAAAUGGGAGCCAGAGGAUUCAUGGGCCCACGUGGAUUCCCAGGUAUGCCGGGUCCUCCGGGUAUCCCGGGAGCAGAGGGUCCUCAGGGACCUAAGGGGAACAGUGGUCCACCAGGUCAACCUGGGUCACCAGGACAAUCUGGACCCUUGGGACCCAUAGGACCUCCGGGUCCUGCCGGACAGCUGGGACCUACGGGACUGGCCGGUCCAACAGGAAAACCAGGACUACCCGGAUUGCCAGGAGCAGAUGGCGCACCAGGACAUCCGGGAAACCCAGGUCCUACAGGAGCGAAAGGAGACCUGGGACCAGCAGGGGUUCAGGGUCCUGUGGGAUUUCCCGGAGCAAGGGGAGUGAAGGGGGAUGAGGGGAAAAGAGGAGUUCCAGGAGAGAAAGGAGACAAGGGAGACAAAGGGUCAGAAGGAGAAAAAGGGGAAAUGGGAGUCAAAGGAGAAUCUGGACCUUCCGGGCCAGCAGGACAAGCAGGAAUAGAGGGCCCUGAGGGACCAAAGGGUUCAGAAGGUCCUCGGGGAGAAACAGGACCACCAGGAUUUACAGGAGAGAAGGGAAAGAUUGGACAACCAGGGUUUCCCGGAUAUCCUGGACCUCCCGGAGACAAAGGGGAUAAGGGAGCGGAAGGCAAGCAAGGACAAGCGGGAGAAAAGGGAGAUAGGGGCACUUCAGGACUCAGUGGGGAAAGAGGCGAAGUAGGACCAAGGGGCUUCAGAGGAGCAAGAGGCCGGAUGGGGACUGAAGGCACCCCUGGACCAAAGGGAGACACCGGACAGCCCGGACCUCCAGGUCCCUUGGGAGAGAGAGGUCCCCAGGGAGUAGAGGGACCUCGAGGGUUCAUCGGACCUCCAGGAUCAACAGGAGUUUCUGGGAAAGACGGUGUUCCAGGACAUCCUGGCGAGAGGGGACCACCAGGAGAGCCAGGUCCCGUUGGUCCCACAGGUGCUCCAGGAGUAGUAGGACCUCCUGGACCUGUAGGUGAACCAGGUCCUGUAGGAGAGGCUGGUACUCCAGGAAGUCCUGGAGUUCCGGGAGACACUGGACCACCCGGAGACAGUGGAAAGGAUGGGCCUCCAGGACCUCCCGGAGAAUCUGGGAAACAGGGACCUGCUGGAACCUCCGGACUACCUGGGUUCCCUGGGGAGAGAGGACUUCCCGGACCUGCCGGAACUCCAGGUCUGAAAGGAGAGAUGGGCCCUCCAGGGCCCCCAGGCCACGUGGGAGAGAAGGGGGCCCCAGGAGAGCAUGGCAGGGAGGGGCCCCCGGGGCCUGAGGGUCGCAAGGGGCCCCAGGGACCACCAGGGGCGAGUGGGGCUAAGGGAGACAGGGGAGAUCCUGGUAUUCCUGGACCGACAGGGAGAGAUGGUUUUCCAGGUGGGAGAGGACUGCCCGGACCUCCAGGACCCAUGGGACCUCCUGGAGAAGACGGGGACAAGGGGGAUAUAGGUCCCCCGGGAGAGAAAGGAUUCAAAGGAUCGCAGGGAGAAAUGGGACCUUCAGGACCUCAAGGUCAGCAAGGUUUAAGAGGAGAACCAGGUCCCGUGGGACCUCCAGGAGAAAAAGGACUUCAGGGAGACAUAGGGAGACGAGGCGUGAAGGGAGAAGAGGGGCCUCCCGGAACAACGGGGCCCCCUGGAGCUACUGGACCGCAGGGCCUUCCAGGCCCACCAGGGUCCAAGGGAGAAAUGGGCGAUUUAGGCCCCAAAGGUCCCAUUGGAGCAGUAGGGUCCCCAGGAGAGCCAGGGCCUAGAGGACCGAAGGGUGUAGAGGGGAUACAAGGGCCCCCAGGUUCAGAAGGGCCCCAAGGAGCAAAGGGUCAGCCAGGAGAGUCAGGGCCCCCCGGGCCCCCGGGCAGUGAUGGAAAACAUGGUGAAAAAGGAUCAGCGGGACAGAAAGGGGAUGAAGGCAAACCCGGAAUCCAAGGACCUCCGGGUCCAAGAGGUGGGGUAGGCCCAGAGGGACCCAAGGGUAGUGCUGGUCCCCCAGGAUUCCCAGGUCCACCUGGAGAACCUGGACUACAGGGUCCCAAAGGAGACAGAGGACUAGACGGUGACGAUGGAAAACCCGGAGAAACGGGUCUUCCAGGAGAACCAGGACCUCCCGGAAAGAUGGGACUGACUGGUCCUCCUGGAAAAGUGGGAGCGGAAGGACCAGCUGGACAACAAGGGAAUACAGGACUCCCGGGAGAGAAGGGAGACAAAGGAUCUCCGGGACCUUCCGGGCUGACAGGUCCUGAGGGACCACAGGGACUUCCCGGACCCCAGGGAGCAACAGGACCUCGAGGUUCUCCAGGACCUGCGGGUGAUGCUGGAAACCCAGGAAAGUCUGGGAAUGAUGGACCUCCUGGAAAACCAGGAGACCCUGGACCUCAGGGGCAAAAGGGAGACCGAGGGAAGAGGGGGAUGAAGGGGCAUAGAGGAGACAUCGGACCCCCCGGGGGAAGAGGGGAACCUGGGGAGAAGGGGGACUGUGGAGACAAAGGAACGCCUGGACCUGAGGGGACCAAGGGAGAACUGGGCCCCACAGGUCCAGCUGGGCUGAAGGGUAACGAUGGGAUCCCAGGAGCUUCAGGGCCAGAGGGGCCUCAUGGGCCCAAGGGGUCAGACGGGCCCACAGGCAACAAGGGUGAGCCGGGGCCCCCUGGGCCACCCGGACCUCCAGGGCCUCCAGCGGAGAUGCCACUCUUGCCUCCAGAACUUCUCUUUGGCGCUGAAGACCCUAGUGGACGGUACAGGAGGUCUGCUGAAAAAGAUGGAGAAGAAGCUUCAACUGAGAAGGCCAAAAGAAGGAAAUCGGAGAAGAAAACACGAGAGCAACAUGAGGCUGGUCCUCAAUUUAUCGACAUCUACAGCUCGAUCUACGCGAUGAGACAAGAUCUCGAGCGAGUCCGUAAACCUGUCGGGACAAAGGACAAUCCUGCAAGAACCUGCAAGGACCUGUUUUACGGACAUCCACAGUUCACCGAUGGCUGGUACUGGAUCGAUCCAAACCUAGGGAUGCCGGACGACGCUAUCUACGUGUACUGCAACAUGUCUGCGGCUGGCGAGACCUGUAUCUUCCCGGACAUCCACUCCAGCCAGAUGCCUAACAUUCCGUGGCGCAGGGAGAGAGAUCAGGGAGGAUGGUACUCAACACUGCGAGGCGGCUUCAGGAUUACGUACGAGACAACGGGCAUAGUGCAGAUGACAUUCCUCCGGCUGCUUCACGAGGUCGGUUAUCAGAACUUCACCUACACAUGUAUCAACAGUGUGGCCUGGGAACUUCAGGGAAGCGAACACAACCUGGCGUUGCGACUCAUGGGAGAUAAUGAGCAAGAGUUUACCUACGAGUCCAACCGGCCCAAUAUCAUCACUGACGGAUGCAAGACGAGAAAAUCAAAAAGUGAAACAGUGUUUGAAGUGAGGACUAAAACUCUUGAACAAGUUCCGAUCGUGGACUUUUACCCGAUGGAUUAUGGUCUGCCCCACCAAGCUUUUGGAUUUGUCGUUGGCCCAGUGUGCUACAAAUGAGAUGUCCUGAUGUGUUAAGUUCUAAAGAUAAUUUUAAAACUUAUAAAACUGCCAGAAACCAAAGAAGCA